AUGGCCAAUGACCUUGUAGCGGAGUCUCUGGACAGCAAUCGGGUGAACCUCAUGCAGCAGACUUACCAGAUGCUGGGCAUGCAAGCAAAUUAUCUCGACGUCAGUAACAGCAUGGUGGAAAUGAGCACCGAAGGCGCAAUUCCGAAUAGUCUGGAGUCGGUGCAUGAUACUUUGCAUAAUGCCAUUGGCCGUGGAGGUCACAUGUACGAUGCGGCGUACUCUGCAUUCGAUCCCAUCUUCUGGUUGCUUCAUACCAACGUCGACCGAUUGCUUGCCAUCUGGCAAGACCUUCAUCCGGAUAGCUUCGUCGAAAGCCACGUCAAUCCUUGGCCGACGUUUGCAACUGCACCGUACUCAGAGGCGGACGAAAAUACGCCAGGCGACUUUUGGACCUCAGCCUCUGUUCGCGACCACACAAUCUUCGGCUCCACGUAUCCUGAGUUUCUCGGGCUCUCCGCAACCGACACUCUGGUUGGUAGAGUGAACGCACUGUACGGGGGGAAUGCAACGUCACGGUUCUCGUGGGAGACCGCACGCGCCGAACAACAUGUCGCCGGUCUGCAGAGCAGCGAUGUCCGGUACCAGUACUCAGCCGUCAUACGCGCACAACAUAUGGGACCUGGAGGUGUUUCCAAGGUCCUCGUCUUCUUGGACGCAAAUAUGAAAAUCAACGCCGGACCUGCGAAUACUCAGGCAUGGAUGUCAGAGCCUGGGUUCGUUGGAUAUGCAGGUUUCCAGAACGCGGUUGGCCAGGCGAAGACCGAGAUGCAGACGAAUGGCGUAGUUGCAUUGACCGUAGCGCUAGAAGACCGGAUGCGCAUGGGUGAACUGCGCAGUAUGGAUGAGAAUGUUGUUGGAACAUAUCUGCAGGAGAAGCUACAUUGGUUGCUUGUUGAUGCCAAUGACAAUGUCAUCGCUCCUGAGCACGCGUCCGGCUUCUCGAUUGGGGUAUCGUGGGCGAGGAUAGCGCCAGGUACGGCAAGCACGCUGCCUGCGGUCCUCGGUGGUGGCUUCGAGCAGUUGCCACACGCUACGAUGGGCAAGGCGGGUGGAGUGCAAUGA